AUGCCACUUGGCAAAGCGGCACAGCGCUUCGGAGCGCUUCUCCUGCUGGAGGCGUCUCUUGCGGCCCAGAUCGGCGUGGCGCCGGAGGACCAGGAGAACUACGCCUGUCAUGGUGACCCCUGCACCUUCAGAUGCCUGUCCGGGCAAAAGGACACAUUGCCGCUGAGCGCCAUCAACGACGACUUUUGUGACUGCGAAGAUGGCAGCGAUGAGCCUGGCACAGCUGCUUGUGCUGGCCGCGGCCAAGAGACGUUGUUUUACUGCCCGAAUGCCGAAGGCAUACCCAGGCUGAUAUAUACCUCUCGUGUGAGGGAUGGUAUAUGCGACUGCUGUGAUGGGAGCGAUGAGUUGGCUGGUGAUACCACGCCGUGCAGCAACACUUGCAGUGACGAGGGAGCCGAGCGCGAAAGAACUCUGGAGCGCUUCCGGAGAGGUCUCGAGAAGCACAAGGAGGGCAGGCGAGAUGCGAAGAACUCGCGGCAGCGCUGGCGAGAAGAGGUGGAAAGCCUGAAGCAGCAACAUGCCAAGCUGUUGAAGGAGGACGGGCAGCAGACGCUGAGACAAGGCGCCAUGGCUGACCUGCAAAGGAUGAAGGACGAGAUCGAGGCUUUAAAGGAGCAAAUCAGGGUGCUUCAAGCGCGCCAAGAUGGCAUGGAGAACCAAGUCACCAGCUCCGCUUCGGGCCGUGAAGCCAGCGAGGAAAGCGCAGCUGUUGCAGCUAGUGCGGCUGAUGUGCCGAAGACGCAGGUAGAUGAUGUGGCAAAGGCUCCCGAGGAAGCCUUGCCACACGUUUCUGAGUACGCGAAGAAAUGGAUGGAUAACUCGGAGGCCAUGCUGGAGACUACGCCAAGCACCAGCCAAGCCAUUGAGGAGACGGAGGUGAAGCAAGCUGGAUCUGAGCCCUCGACGAAUCAGACGGACAAACAGAAGCUUGACAAGACCAAGUCCCGGAUCAAGGAGUUGGAAGACAAGCUUGGCUUCUUGCCGGAAGACAAGCUUGCGUAUUUUCCCUUACUGGACACCUGCUUGGAGAGCGACAAGUUCAAUGGCCACACCUACUCGAUUUGCUUCUUCAGGAGUGCGCACCAGUCUGGGGGCACACAGGGCAACGUCUCCCUGGGAAGCUUCGCAGGGUGGAAAGGCCAGCGGCAGAUCGAGUUCAAGGGAGGCAAGAGCUGCGGCAGCGCGCAGCGACAAUUGACGGUGAAGUUCAGGUGUUCUGAGGAGGUGAAGAUCGUGGAGGUCUCCGAGCCUGGGCACUGCAGCUACGAGGCGGUGGUGCAGUCCGCUGGCGCCUGCGGAAAGAAGAUCCGCUGCUCGAAAGAAUGGCCACGGUUCAAAACCAAUCCGAUCGCACGUAUGUCUAUUGGUGGAGACUUGGCGUACUUCCUGGAUGCCGCGCCUGAGAACACCACGGCCAUGUUCUACCUCAGAAUAGUUUCAGAGAUGAGCAGCAAGGAUGGCGGUCAAGAAGGAGAGGAGGAAGAGAGCCCGGAAGGUGAGACUGUAGAUAUACCCUUUGAGGAGCCCACCGAAGAGGGCGAAGGUGCAUCGGAGGAGGUGAAAGCAGAGUCUCGGCAGACGAGUUACUCGCGCUCCAAGACUCUGAAUCGAGAUUGCACCCAGAUGCUCUCACGUGAAGUCUUGACGGUCACGGUUGGCUCCUUGAUUGAAGGCUCCCUGGAUAGAAUGUGCAUCUACUUCAUGAAGCAUGUUAGUGGGCCUUGCAAUCCAGCCACCAUCCAGCGAGAAGUCACCUUUGGCACUGUGGAAGGCACCUUCCUCAGAGAUCUUGAGCUCAUGAUGCGGGAGAUCUACAUCCCAGCACUCAGCAAAGGAACCAGCAGGGCGAAAGCGGGAGAGCGCCGGAGAGGCUCCGAGUCAGAGGCAGAAGACGAAGAGGCGGAGGCGGCCGCAGAGGGUUCUGAGCUGGACGAGGGAGGCCGAGGCAAUGAGCCAGCUGGUGAUGAGGAGGCACCAGAGAAGUCGCCAGAAGAGCAGGUUGAGGAGAUAGUAGCUGCCACUGCAGCUGUGACAGCCUCAGAAGAAGAGGCCAACGCGAUUAACCUGCCAUCGCACAUCCAAGACGAGAUCUUGGGGUACACCAUGCGAUUCACCGGGCAUGUGCACCAGACCGUGGUGCAGGUAUACGGCAACGUGAACAUUCGGAUACCUGCAGUGGACUUGGAGGAUAUGGAAGCAGCUCGCCAUGAUCCCAGUGUCCUGUCGAUUCUCGAGCAGGCUGUGACCGAGUGGAGCAACAUCAUUGAAAAGGUGCUCAUUGAGGAAGGGAAGCGGCAGUAUGAGAGCUGCUUCCCCAUGGCAGAGAUCGACUUCUGGAGGGACCGCUCCUCCAAGGUUUCGACGGUCUAUGAGCAGCUGCAGCUGCCGGGCGUGAAGAAGGUCCUGGAAGUGUUGGAAGCCUCCGAGCCUCCUGUCUUGCAGCAGUUUCAGGAUCAGUUCGGAUCCUUGCAGCAGAUGCAUGUGGUGGCCAAGGACAAUGUGAAGUUCCUGACCACUUUGGAGCGCCACUUCAAGAGUCUUGCCACCGGAUCCAUGCAGACCAUCGUGGAAACGCUCCCUUCUUUGAUGAACGCCAUUCGAAUGGUGUGGAUCAUCUCUCGGUACUUCAACUCCGACAAGUACAUGGAGCCUUUGAUGAAGCGCAUCGCGGACCAAAUUGCGGACAAGGUUCAGGAGCAAAUCAACAUCAACCAGAUCUUGUCAUUGGACCCGCCCAAGGCAAUGCAGAUCAUUGAAGAUGGACGGAAUGCGCUGGAGAAAUGGAAUGAGAUCUACUUGACAACCCGGGACAAAAUGGAGGAAAACGCCACCAACCAGCGUUGGGACUUUGACCGAACGCUGUUGUUCAAGAAGACUGGGUACAUGUCCAAGAUUUGCACCAACCUCUAUGAGAUCAUGCAGGUGCUGGACCAGUUUUACAAGUUCUUGGGGCCAGAGCUGAAAGAGGUCACCGGAGACUCACAAGGCAUUGACCAGCUCUUGAAGGAGGUGGAGGCGCUCAAGACGGACUUCCGCAAUGUGAAGAACGUGUUCGAUGACUUCAACCAGCCUCACUGGGAAAGCUCCAUCCAGAGGUUCAAGGAGAAGGUUGGUGUGAUUGAAGAGCGGGCGAUUAAGUUCUUGAACCGCUCUUUCCAGAAUUUGCGAUCUGCAGAGGGCGCCUUCAAAUUGCUUCAAAACUUCAAGAACAUCGAGUCACGAGAGAAAAUCAACAAGAAGAUGAACGACAAGUUUGUGGCCAUUCUUUUGCGAUAUGGUGUCGAGGUGGGCAAGCUGAAAGAGAUCUUCCAGAGGGACAAGGAAAACCCGCCCAUCUCAAAGAGCACGCCGCCCACGGCCGGGGCCAUCCUGUGGGCUCGGAGCAUCUUCCACCGCGCCAAGCGGCCCAUCCUUUCCUUCAAGACGAUGCCGCAGCUGUUGCAGCUUCCAGAAGGACAGCAGGCCUGCAAGGAGUACGUGGAGCUGGGCAAGGAGAUCUUGGAGUAUGAGCAGGCCCUCUUCGAAGCGUGGCAGACCACCGCCGUGGAGCUGGCCGUGUCGAGCCUGAAGUACAACGUGCUGAUCAAGGACCCUCGCACUGGAGCGUACAAGGUGAACUUCGCGAAGGAGCUGCAGCUCUUGAUUCGGGAGGCCAAGUACCUGGACCAGCUGGGCGGCUUCGAGCUGCCUCACACGGUUCUGAACGUUGCCCUCCAGCAGGAUCAGUACAAGGAGUUCGUGGAGCAGCUGGACCUGCUGAUCGACGCCUACAACGCGGCGGUGGGUGACCUGUCGCCUGUGCAGCAGAAGCUGCUGCGGAAGCAGAUCCUGGAACUGGACAAGUGCUUGAGUCCUGGCUUGUCGCCCUUGAAUUGGAACUCCCUGGGCAUCAAGGACUUCAUCGAGGCUGGCAACCAGGGAAUCACCAAGUUCCGCGGCGCCUUCCGAGAUCAAGUGGAGAAGAGUGAGGAGCGCAUCACAAAUGUGGUCACCGCCAUCGAGAAUGCGACGCUUGUGAGGCCCUUCGAUUGGAAUCGCGCUGAUGUCAUGGACCACAUGGAGUUCGGCGAGUUCUUCGAGAGGCAUCGCCUGUCGCAGCUGGAAGAUUUGGUGAAGAAGUACGACUCCAUCGGGCCUUUCCUGGUGAAGAUCGAGGAAACCACUGCGGGCACAAAGACAGGGAUGGCCCCGUCCAUGGCGGAGUACUACCACUACUGGGAACGCCGGAUUUUCAACGCCAUUACCACCAUGCUGCUGCGAGGAAGAAUGAGCACCUUCCAGACGCUUUUCAGCGCUGGUGAGCGCAAGAGGCCGCCGUUGCUGCGAGUGAAGGCAGACUGCAACGGCGCAGAGAUCGACGACAAUGCCCUGCAGUCUGUUUUCAGACUGAUCAGCAAGCUGCUGAAAAACACCAUCCAGUCUGCCAAGUCAUUUGUGCGGUGGAUGGAUGGAACCUGCCGCAUGGUCCCUCCGCAGCCUGGCCAGGAGGAUGAGCAGCAGCAAAUGUUCACCUUCUAUCGCGACGUCAAGGACAACCCAGCGCUCUUCGACAUGACGAUUAACAUUCAGAACAGCAUUCAGAAGAUCUUCUCCAUCAUAGACAAGUUCCUGCGGCACUGGAAGCGCUACGAGGAUCGAUGGAAGCUCUGGGACCCAAAGUGGAAGCAAGACUUGGAGAAGGUGAGGGAGAAGCGCCCUCCCUUCGUCUUCUUCGAUGCCCACAUCUGUGUCUACAAGAGUUUGGCUGAUAGCUUGGCAGCCUAUCCGCCGGAGAAGGACAUCGGAUUUGUGCGCAUUGACUGCACUUCCAUCGUCGCCGCCAUCAGAACACAGGCAAUGGAUUGGGUGGCCGGUUAUGGCGACAUCCUCCGGCAGUUGGCCUAUAAGGACUUGACAAAGAUUCAAGCAGAGAUCACAGAGUUCCGUGAUGACUUGCAAGAGAAUCCCGAUUCGCUGGACAAGCUGAAGUUCAUCCUCAGCGUCAUCUCCAAGAUCCUGGCAGUGUCUAUGGACAUGGAACUGCGGAUGCAGGAUGUGCGAGAGAGAUAUCGCACCCUGGAGCUGUACAACUGCCACUUCGAGCUGCAGGAGUAUGAAGAUGCAAAGGCUUUGUCAGAGAUGUGGCGUUUGCUGAAGGAUGAGGCCUUGACCAAGGAUCGGCGAAUGGUGAGAGUCAAGGAACACUUCUCACAGGUCACGCAGGAGCAGGUGGGGGACUUCUCCACGGAGUGCAAGGAGCUGCUGCAGGUCUUCAAGAGGGAAGGCCCUGGGUCCGAUGUAUCGCUGGAGGAAGGAGUGGAAUUGAUGAAGAAGUAUGACAUCAAUGUCAAGCAGUUCCAGAGGAAGCGUGAGGACCUGGUGAAGGCGCAAACCUUGUUCAACCUGCCGAUCCAGACGUACCCAGAGCUGCUGCAGCUUGAGAAGGACCUCAGGCUUCUGCAGCAGAUCUACAAGGUCUACAUCGACCACAGCUCCAUGGUCAACGAGUUCAGCAACGCCUUGUGGACCAAGUUCGACAUCAAUGCCCUGACCAAGGGCGCGGAGGAUUUCGACAAGCAGGUCAGGCGCAUGCCCAAGGAGCAGAAAGAGCUCGGAGAGCUGCCCACCUUCCAAAAGCUGGAGGAGGUGGUGACAUCCUUCAAGGCUGGGGUUCCGCUGAUCCAGCAGCUGAAGAGCGACGCCAUCCGGAAGACGCACUGGGAAGAGCUGAUGGCGCUGGCCGGCGUGGAAACGGAAGACUUCGACAUCAAGAAGAUGACCUUGAAUGCUGUCUUCGCGAUGCAGCUUCACCGAUUCCCAGAUGAAGUGAACGAGCUUGUGGUGACUGCACAGAACGAGCUGAAGAUUGAGAGCGAGCUUGCCAAGAUUGACAGCACCUGGCGCACCAUGCCAUUGGCACUGAAGCCGUACAAGGGAGAGCCCGCAAAUCCUCGAGGCUACGUCCUGCUGCCGAACGAAGAGAUGAAGCAGACGCUGGACGACCAUGUGCUGACGCUGCAGUCAAUGAGCUCCUCCAAGUAUGCUGACAAGCUGUCAGAGCCUAUCAAGCGCUGGGAGAGGAAUCUGUCGGUGGUCAGUGAGGUCUUCGAUGCAUGGAUGGUCCUCCAGAGGAAGUGGAUGUACUUGGAGAGCAUUUUCCUUGACUCCGAAGACAUCAGCAUGCAGCUCCCAGAGCAAGCCAAGCAGUUCCUGAAAUGCCACAAAGCAUACACCAAGAUCAUGUCUGCAACACAGGCGCAGCCGCAGGUGCUCUCCGCGUGCUGUCAGGAUGGUCGCUUAGAGGAGUUCAAGGGCCUCACCUCUGAGUUCGACCGGAUCCAAAAGUCACUGACGGACUACUUGGAUACAAAGCGAUCCGCGUUCCCUCGAUUCUACUUAAUCUCUGACGACGAGCUCCUAAGCAUCUUGGGCACCAGCGACGCUCAGGCCGUGCAGCCACACAUGCUCAAGCUGUUCGACAACUGCAAGAUGUUAGAGUUCAGCCGGGGCAAGACCGUGGUGGGCAUGUACUCGGACGAGGGGGAGCACUUCCGCUUUCAUCAAGCUCAGAAGGCCGAGGGAGCGGUCGAGGAUUGGAUGCUCACGGUGGAUGAGCAGAUGCAAGACACCCUGCAGCGCAUCUCCAAAGCCGCGGUCUACUACUAUGCAUCGCAGGACAGGAUGGAAUGGAUCCAGAGCUACAUCGGCAUGGUCGCCAUCCUGGGGACGCAGAUUUGGUGGACUUGGCAAGUGGAGGAUGCAUUCAGGAAGGUCGCCGAGGGAGACAAGAGUGCUAUGAAGAACGAGCUGAGAAAAGAAAACCAGCAGGUGCAGGAUUUGGUAGCCUUCGUGCGUUCGCCCAUCAACAAGCUGCAGCGAAAGAAGGUGAACACUUUGAUCAUCUUGGACGUGCAUGCCCGCGAUAUUGUCGACCGCUUUGUCCGUGACAGCAUUCUGAGCAAGGAGGAGUUUGCCUGGGAGUCGCAGCUCCGCUUCUACUGGGACAGGAAAAUGGAUGAUGUGGCCAUCCGGCAGUGCACGGGUCAGCUGAAGUACUGCUAUGAGUACCAGGGAUUGAAUGGCCGCCUGGUCAUCACUCCUCUGACUGACCGCUGUGUGAUGACCUUGACGACCGCCUUGACCUUCAAUAUGGGUGGUGCCCCGGCGGGCCCGGCAGGAACUGGCAAGACCGAGACGGUGAAGGACUUGGCCAAGUCCUUGGCCAUCAGCUGCGUGGUGACCAACUGCGGCGACGGCCUGGACUUCCGGGCCAUGGGCGUGAUCUUCAGCGGCCUGUCGGAGACAGGCUUCUGGGGCUGCUUCGAUGAGUUCAACCGAAUCAACGUGGAGGUGCUGUCCGUGGUUGCGGCACAGAUCAAGACCAUCCAGAACGGCCUGAAUGGUGGCAAGAAGACGGUUGAAAUGCUGGGCAGGGACGUCGUGCUCAAGACGACCAUUGGUUACUUCAUCACGAUGAAUCCUGGCUAUGCUGGCCGAUCUGAGCUUCCGGACAACCUGAAGGCGCUGUUCCGGCCAGUGACGAUGAUCGUGCCAGACCUGCUGAUGAUUUGUGAGAACAUGUUGAUGUCGGAGGGCUUCAACCUGGCCAAGGUCCUGGCCAAGAAGAUGACGGUGCUGUAUUCCCUGUCGCAGGGUCAGCUCUCCAAGCAAUACCACUACGAUUUCAAGCUGCGAGCAUUGAAGUCUGUGCUGGUCAUGGCGGGAGAUCUCAAACGAGCUGCCGGGGACUUGCCGGAAGACAAGGUCCUGAUGCGUGCCCUGCGAGACAUGAACAUGCCCAAGUUUGUCAACUCGCAGGAUGUGCCGCUCUUCCAGGGGCUUCUCAACGACUUGUUCCCCGGCCUGAAGGUUCCGCGCGAGGGCAACCCCGGCCUGAAGGAUGCAAUCAUGAAGUACUUCGAUGACAGCCAGAUGCACUCCAAGUAUGAGGACAUAUACCAGUUACAGGUGGACAAGGUCAUGCAGCUGUAUGAGACGAUGCUGACCCGGCAUUCCACCAUGAUCGUGGGACCAACGGGCGGCGGGAAGUCAGUGGUGCUCAACUGCUUGGCCGAGGCGCAGAAGACCGCAUUGGGCUUGCCUACAACAUUGCUCCCGCUCAAUCCAAAGGCCAUUACCACGGAGGAGCUUUAUGGUGUGCUGGAUCCGCAGACACGUGAUUGGACAGAUGGGCUGCUGUCGAAGAUCUUCAGAGAGAUGAACCAGCCCCACCCCGCUGACAAGCCCUGCAGGCGAUACAUUGUCUACGACGGCGAUGUGGACGCCAUUUGGAUUGAGAACAUGAACUCCGUUAUGGACGACAACAAACUGCUUACUCUGACAAACGGAGAGCGUAUUCGACUGGAGAAGCAUUGCGCCAUGCUCUUCGAGGUCUACGAUCUUCAGUAUGCGUCUCCAGCGACGGUCAGUCGCUGUGGCAUGUUGUACGUGGAUGACAAGAAUUUGGGCCCUGGCCCGUACUACGAUCGCUGGCAGCGGCUGAAGCAGACCGAGAAGCUGAGAGAGUCGCUGGAGGACCUGUAUGAGAAGUACGUGCCGCACCUGAUUCUGUACAUCUUCGAAGGCCGUCAGGGUGACCAGAUUGGGCAGCCCUUGAGCGGAUUCAUCCACCGCUCCUCCAUGGGUAUGGACUCAGUGGUGCAGUUUACCAGGCUCUUUGACUCGAUCUUCGAUGAGGGGACGACACCGAUUGACCUGGUCGAGAACAUCUACAUCUUCUGCCUGACCUGGUCUCUGGGUGCCCACCUGGAUGAAAGAGGGCGCAUCGAAUUCGACGACUUCAUCAAGAAGCUGGCGCAGAAGGUGUUGCCCAAGCAGUCUCUUUUCGAUUCCAACUUUGAUUUGGAGCAGGGCCGUUGGACGACCUGGGAGGACCUUAUGGAGGCGUUUGCUCCGCCUCCGGGCCUGGACUUCAACAAGAUCUUCGUGCCGACCAUCGACACCACGCGCUACGCCUACCUGGUCAAGCAGUUCUUGAGUUUGAGCCAGCCCGUGCUGUUCAUUGGAGAGAGUGGAACUGCCAAAUCCGUCACAAUGCAGAAUACGUUGGAGAGCUAUCCAGCAGAUAAAUCUGUCAUCCUCAACAUCAACUACUCAUCCAGAACCAGCAGCCUUGACUUCCAAAGAACCAUGGAGGACAACAUCUCCAAGCGCACGGGGCGCAUCUUCGGGCCGGAGCAGGGCAAGAAGCUGCGGAUCUUCAUUGACGACCUGUCGAUGCCGAAGAUUGACCUUUACGGCACUCAGCAGCCACUGGCGCUGCUGAAGUUCCUGAUGGAGCGCAUGUUCAUGUAUGAGCGUGGCGGGGACUUGGACAAGAUCAUCAUCCAGGAUUGCCAGUUCGUGUCUGGCAUGCAGCCCCCUGGCGCUGGGCGCAACACCAUCGACCCGCGGGUGGUGUCUUUGUAUGCCUGCAUUGGAAUCACCUUCCCUGCUGGAGAAACGGUGGAGAGGAUUUAUUCCUCGAUCCUAAAGAACAGCUUCCUGGGAUUCGACAAUGCGGUGCAGGAGGCCUGUCUGCAGCUGCCGCAAGUGACCAUGAGCCUCCACCAGGCAGUGCUGGAGAACUUGCCGCCAACUCCGACCAAGUUCCACUACAUCUUCUCGCUCCGGGACUUGAGCCGCGUCUUCCAGGGCAUUUGCCAAGCAGACCCGCAGGUGGUGAACAGUGGGCCGCUCCUGAUCAGGCUCUGGCGAAAUGAGUGCACAAGGGUAUAUGAAGACCGAUUCAACGAAGACUCUGACAAGGCCUUCCUCAGCGAGAAGCAGCUGCACAACAUCGUCAAGACUCAAUUCUCGAAGAGUGCGGACGUUGCGCUGCAGGAUCCUUUGGUGUGGGGUGACUUCAGGGAUGCAUUGGACAUUCUGGUGAAGAGCGAUACUCCGUACUCGGCCCCAAGGGUCUAUGAGGACCUGGGAAGCUGGGAGUCCAUCCGCCCCAUCUUCGACGGCAUCCUGGAGCUCUACAACGGCGACAACAGCCCGAUGAACCUGGUGCUCUUCAAUGAUGCGCUGGCCCACCUGCUGCGGCUGCACCGCAUCAUCCGCCUCACCCGCGGCAUGGCUUUGCUCAUCGGCGUGGGCGGCAGUGGCAAGCAGUCCCUCACAAAGCUGGCAACCUUCGCGGCCGGCUACAAGCUGUUCGAGAUCACCCUGUCUCGCGGCUACGGCGAUGAUCAGCUGCGGGACGACCUGAAGGCCUUGUACACGUCAACCAUUAAGCAGCCCAUGAGCUUCCUCUUCACUGACGCUCAUGUGGUCGAGGAAGGUUUCUUGGAGUACAUCAACAACAUCCUCACGGUCGGCAUGGUGCCAGCCUUGUUUGGGGAUGACGAGAAGGAGCCGCUGGUUGGAGCAAUCCGCGCCAGGGCACGUGGAGAAGGCAUUCCAGAAGCGGGGAUGUGGGCCUAUGCCUGCGGGGUCAUCCGAGACAAUCUGCACUUGGUCCUGGCUAUGUCGCCAGCUGGUUCCCAACUCCGCACGCGUUGCCGCAACUUCCCCGGAUUGGUGGCUGGAUGUACCAUUGAUUGGUUCUUCUCCUGGCCUCAGCAAGCUCUGCUGGCGGUGGCCGACCACUUCCUGGCGAAUGUCACUGGCAUCGACGACUUCAGGGGCAACAUCACCGACACCAUGAGCUAUGUGCAUCUGGGAGUCACGCUCCAGUACUCUCCGCAGUUUGAGAUCAAGUACAAGCGCCGCAACUUUGCGACGCCCAAGAACUACCUGGACUUCUUGUCCAAUUACAUGAAGUUCCUGGAGCUGAACCGCAACAACUUGGAUCAGAUGUCAGGCCGCUUGGGCGGUGGCCUGGACAAGCUCGUGCAAGCGGCCGUGCAGGUCACGGAGAUGUCCAAGGAGUUGGAAGAGAAGAAGGCCAUCGUGGAUGAGAACGCCAUCAAGGUCCGAGAGCUGAUCGACAUCAUCAACGAGAAGACGGAAGCUGUGACCAAGCGAAAGGAGGAGGCCAGCGCAGCAGCAGAGCAGAUCGAGAAGGAUUCUGUGAUCAUUGAGAGGGAGAAGGCAGAUGCCGACGAGGCGCUGCAGGCGGCGCUGCCGGCCUUGGAGUCUGCGGCCAAAGCGCUGGAGGAACUGGACAAGAAGGAUGUCUCCGAGGUGAAAGGCAUGGCAAGUCCCCCUCCUCCAGUGACGAUCGUGUGCAUGUGCGUCGUGAUCCUGCGACCUCUUGGCAAGGAGGACGAAAGCCAGGGCUGGACAGGAGCAAAAGCCAUGCUGUCCGAUGUGGGCUUCAUGCGGGCACUGCAGGAGUACAAAAAGGAUGACAUGAGGGAGAGACAGAUCAAGAGGAUCAAGGAGCUGCUCAACAAGGAGAAAGAAACGUUUGAAGGAGAGAAGAUGAAGUCUGUGUCCAGGGCCGGGUAUGGCCUGCUGCAGUGGGUUCUUGCGAUGGUCAAGUACUACGAGGUGGCAAAAGGAGUCGCUCCCAAGCGGGAGUUGGUGAACAAGCUUCAGCAGAAGAAAGAGGAAGCCGAAGAGAAUCUCAAGCAGAUCAACAAAGAGCUCAAGGAGCUCGCAGAGAAUCUGGAGAUUGUGACGGCAGAGAGGCAGGUGCAAAGUGACAAGUUGAAGCAGCUGAAGGAGGAUGCUGACACCAUGACGCGGCGCUUGAAUGCAGCGUCGCAGCUCAUCGAAGGACUCGCAUCUGAGCGCAAGCGAUGGACAGAAGACCUGCAAAAGAUGGGAGAAGUGAAGAAGAGGUUAGUUGGCGAUUGCUUGCUGAAUGCUGGAUUCGUGAGCUAUGCCGGGCCUUUCAACCAUGAGUUCCGCAAAGAAAUGGUGUAUGUGGACUGGCAAGACCGAGUUCAAAACAAGGCCAUCGACAAGACUGAGGAGUUUAAGAUCGAGACGCUGCUCACAUCUGAUGUGGAGGUCGCCUCCUGGUCUGGUCAUGGGCUGCCAACCGACGAGCUCUGUGUUCAGAAUGGCAUCCUGGUGACCAAAUCAGCCCGCUGGCCUCUCUGUGUGGAUCCGCAGAUGCAAAUCGUCACAUGGUUGAAGAGGAAGGAGGAGAAGGCUGGGCUCACGGUGAAGACCUUCAAUGAUGAGUAUGUCAAGUUCUUGGAACUGGCGAUUCAAUACGGCAAGCCGUUCCUCUUCGAGAAUCUGGAUGAAGAGCUGGAUCCCAUGGUGGAUCCAGUGCUGGAGAGGAAGACAGUGCUCGUGAACGGGCAGAAGAUGAUCACACUUGGUGACAACCAGCUUGAAUGGAAUGACUCCUUCAUGCUCUACAUGACCACCAAGCUCAGCAAUCCCAAGUACACGCCCGAGGUCAUGGGCAAAGCCUCCAUUGUGAACUGUGUCAUUACCCUGGAUGGCCUGGCAGCGCAGCUGUUGAACGUGGUGGUUGGAUUUGAGCGACCUGAUCUAGAAGAGAUGCGGCAGAAGCUCGUGCAACAGAUGUCGGACAACCGCCAGGUCAUCAAGAGCCUGGAGGACACGCUGCUGCGGGAGCUGGCGGCCUCGAAGGGCAGCAUUUUGGACAAUGACGAGCUGAUCCAAACCUUGAACAACGCCAAGGCAAAGUCCAUUGAGAUUGGGGAGUCCCUGGAGACGGCAGCAAAGACUGCUGAGGAAAUUGAGAAGACUCGCGCGCUGUAUGUCAGCGUGGCCAAGCGCGGAUCCAUUCUCUAUUUCGCCAUGUCCGGCAUGGUCGCCAUCAGCGAAAUGUACGAGUACUCCCUCAGCAGCUACCUGGGUGUUUUCGACACUGCACUGCGGGAUGCAAAGCCUGACAAGAUUGUGGACAACAGACUGAAGAACCUGCGUGAGAAGAUGACACAGACCAUGUAUGACUACACAUGCAUGGGUAUUUUCGAAAGGCACAAGCUCCUGUUCAGUUUCCAGAUGACUUCAAUGAUCCUGGACGGGGACAGUGAUUUGGACAAGAAGGAGUUUGACUUCUACAUGAAGGGCAACCCAUCGCUGGAAAAGCCGAAAGAGCCAAGCCCAUACGCCUGGCUGUCCGAAACCGGCUGGAAGGACCUUCAGCUCCUGAAGACCUUUGAUGACAGCAUCAAAGACAUUUGCGAGGACGUGAAGAAGCAUGGCGAUGACUGGUACGCCUGGUAUGAGUCGGAGACGCCGGAAUCCAUUGACAUGCCAUGUGGAUACAAGGAGAAAGUGGACCUCUUCAAGCAGGUGCUGAUCAUUCGCAGCAUCAGGCCUGAUCGCAUGAUCACAGCAACCAAGGGCUUCAUUGCUUACAAGCUGAGUGACUACUACGUGCAGCCGCCUUCCCUCGUGUACGACAAGAUCUUCGAGAAGUCGAACGAGUGGAUGCCGAUCGUGUUCAUCCUUUCCCCUGGUGCAGACCCGCAGAGUGACGUGGCGAAGCUGGGCGAUCAGCUGGGCUUCUCCGGAGCGAAGUUCAAGUUCGUGUCCCUGGGACAGGGCAUGGGAGGUGUGGCGCAGCAGACCAUCGAGACGGGCUACCAGCGCGGCCAUUGGGUCAUGCUGCAGAAUUGCCACCUCCUGGCCUCCUGGCUCCGUACCUUGGAGAAGAUCUUGGAGCAAAUGCACAAGCCCCACAAGGACUUUAGGCUCUGGCUCACCACCAUGCCGACCAGCGCCUUCCCCAUGGGCAUUCUGCAAAGAUCUUUGAAGGUGGUGACGGAGCCACCUGAGGGGCUCAAAUUGAACAUCAAGCAGUCGUAUGCCAAGAUCUCUGACGCGGAGUUGGACGCUUGCUCGCACGACAGCUUCCGCCCGCUCAUGUACGUUCUGGCAUUCUUCCACGCCGUGGUUCAGGAUCGCCGCAAGUUCGGGCGCAUCGGAUGGAACGUCGCUUACGACUUCAACGAAUCCGACUUCAAGGUUUCGGCGAAACUGCUGAACCUGUAUUUACAGAAGAGCUCUGACAAGGGAGAGGUUGUGCCGUGGGAGACGCUUCGAUACCUCAUUGGCGAAGCCAUGUAUGGUGGUCGAGUGACGGACAACUACGACAGGCGAGUUCUGACAACUUACUUGGAAGAGUACAUGGGCGAUUACCUUUUCGAUGAGAAUGUGAAGUUCUACUUCAGCCGUUCGGGAUUCGACUACGAGUGCCCACUGCAGGGCAACGUGGCAUCCUACCAGCAGGUGAUUUUGACGCUCCCCAUCAACCAGUCCCCUUCUGUGUUUGGACUUCACCCAAAUGCGGAGAUCAAUUACUUCAUGAACUCCGCCAAGGAGAUCUACCAGGGGUUGAUGUCCAUGCAGACGGGUGGCGGGGGAGAGUCUGGCGGCAUGAGUCGUGACGAGCUGAUCGACAAAACCGCCUCAGACAUCCAGAGCAACAUCCCGAAGGAUGAGCUGAAAUUCAUCAAGGACACCGUGCCCUCUCCGCUGGAGGUGGUCCUUUUGCAGGAAAUCGAGCGAUACGAGUCUUUGGUCAAGCGCAUGGUUGGCAACAUCGCGGAUCUGAAGCGUGCCAUCAAGGGCGAGAUUGGCAUGAGUCAGUCGCUGGAUGAGCUCGGCACAGCCCUGUUCAACGGGCUAGUGCCUGGUGCCUGGACAAAGAUGGCGCCGCAGACGGAGAAGCCGCUGGGAAGCUGGAUGGACCACUUCGUGCGGCGCUACAAGCAGUACUCGGACUGGGCCGAGAAGGGCGAGCCCGCCGUCUUCUGGCUGAGCGGCUUUCACAUCCCGGAGAGCUUGCUCAGCGCGCUGGUCCAGGCGUCCUGCCGCCGCCGUGGUUGGGCUCUUGACAAGUCCACCCUCUACACGAAGGUCACGUCCUAUACCGAGCCGGGCCAAGUGCCAGAGAAGCUCAUGGAUGGAACCUAUGUAGAGGGUCUGUGCGCAUGGCUUCACGUCGCGUCGCGUGUCGGUGUCCUGAGAUCCUCGCUGCGCAGGUAUCUUGAAGGCGCCAGAUGGGACAUGGAGGCCCAUGAGCAUUUGGAGAGUUUGCCAUGA